AUGGCGGCUCCCUCGGCGGGCGAGGCGUCGUUGUGGCCGGUCCUUUCUCCCGGUCGCCUUGGGAACGGGAGCCCAGGCCGCCGCGGGCCGGGGGAGGAGGAGCUGCCGGUGGUGUUUCUGUGCGGCGGGUGCCGACGGCCGGUGGGAGACUCGCUCAGCUGGGAGGCCAGCGACGAGGACGCCGCCUGCGUCCUGCUGAACGGUGUUACUCUCAACGUUUCAGUGGACAAGGAGCAAAGACUUUCAAGCCGGGCAGGUGAAUAUGGCUGCUUGUUUGAACCCUUAUUCUGCUCUGGGUGCAAAAUGACACUUGGAAGCAUCUACAGAUGCACCCCAAGACAUCUUGAUUAUAAAAGAAAUUUAUUUUGUUUAAAUGUUGAUACUCUUGAAAGUUACACUUUAGGAUCCAUGGAACAAAAAGCUAACAUUAAUGAGGAACCUCUCACUCUUGAGAGUCGAACUGACUUAGAAGAGUCAUUAGAGAGGGCAGAAACAAUAUUGAAAGUCCUGGAGCAACGACUGUCAGUAGUUGAAUCAAGUUUUGCAUCUCUGUAUUACAUGGGUUAA